AUGGAUUAUGAUGCAAAUGUAACUUAUAUAACUCUGGAUGGGCAUGUGGACGUUAACAAAUACAGAUAUGUUUAUUUUUGUAUUAUGUUCAUAGCAUAUAUUCUAAUAAUCUGUGGUAAUUCUAUUAUUGUGUACCUUAUCUGGUUUCACCAAAAACUCCAUGAGCCUAUGUACAUUUUCACUGCAGCUUUGUUAGUGAACUCUGUUCUUUACAGCAGUAACAUCUACCCAAAGCUUUUGAUUGACUUUUUAUCUGAAAAACAGAUCAUAUCUUAUUCAGCCUGUCUCUUUCAAUUUUAUAUAUUUUAUUCUUUAGGCUGUUCAGAGUUCUUACUGUUGUCAGCCAUGGCCUAUGACAGAUAUGUGUCUAUUUGUAAACCUCUGCAAUACCACACCAUCAUGACAAAAACCACCGUGAGUAUUUUUAUGUUCUUUGCUUGGCUUGUGCCUGCUUGUCAUAUUUUAGUCCUAACAAUAUUAAGUUCUGAAGCAAAACUGUGUGACUUAACUCUAAAAAGAAUAUUUUGUAACAAUUCAAUUUACAAACUUCAAUGUGUAACAUCAAGAGUAAUUCCUAUUUUUGGUGUAGUCUGUUUAAUAGAUCUCUCAAUUCCGCCCAUGCUUUUUGUAGUUUUUACAUACAGCAGGAUAUUUAUAAUAACCUAUCAAAGUAGUAGAGAAGUCAGGAGAAAAGCUGCACAGACCUGUUUACCCCACCUGUUGGUUUAA